AUGCGCCAAGUUGCCCGCUACGUCCGCAGUACAUGCGGUUUCCGCAAACUAACCCUUAAUACAUUCGCAUCUUCUACCUUCAUUUCCCAUCCUCGCUUUCAUGCCACAAUACACACGCCGCCUCCAUUGUCUUACGACUUACGGUGUCUCGAGGCACCCAGGUUAAGCCAUGCCAAAGACCCAGAUCAUGUCCGGCAGAUAUCGCAGCAUCUGGAGAAAGUCGGCAUGCUCAAGAUCAAGCUAGGGUUCCCCGACAGCGACAGCGAUUACCUCAAGCAGCUGCUGCACAGUCUCCACGAACAUCACAACCACCAGCUGCCCAUCUCCCACAGCGCGACCCGCGGCUGGUUCUGGGACGUUCGCCCGAGCGAGACCAACUUCCAGGCCGGCGACCACCAGGCGCGCUCGGAAACCAUGAACGACUUCCCCUGGCACACGGACUGCAGCUACGAAGAGCCGCCGCCGAGGUAUUUCGCCCUCCAGGUCCUCCAGCACGAUCGGUACGGAGGCGGCACCCUUUCCGUCUUGAACGUCCAGAGGCUGAGCGAGCUACUCCCCCCCUCGGCGCGAGCGGCAUUGAAGGCGCCGGAAUACCGGAUCUCGAUCCCGUCCGAGUUCAUCAAGGACCCGAGCCGGAAACACAUCCACGCCACGGUGCUCGCCACCGGCCCCGACGGCGAGUCGACCAUGAUCCGGUAUCGAGAAGACAUCCUGGAACCCCUGACGGAUCGCGCGUCGAGGGCGCUGGAGGAGCUCAAGGAGGCGCUGGCCAGGAAGGAGGUGCAGGCGCAGGCGACGGUGCAUCUGCGCUCGUCCGACCUCCCCAAGGGGUCCAUCAUCCUCAUGGACAACCGCCGCUGGCUGCACGCGCGGAAUCACAUCAACGACCCGGCGCGCCACCUCCGACGGGUGCGAUGGGACGUGUGUCCGUUUGGUGAUGCUUCGGAAAGCCGUGCCUGA